UUCGCCGCCAGUUGCGACAUUUGUAGAAUUUGUUGAUUGGAAGGUGUUCUGUGGUGAUAUCGGCAGCGCGGAUUCGCUCUUGCUGUUGGUCACCGAAGACUUGUUCGAUUAUACGCGCUGCGUUGCAGUAUUUAAUACUUGGUUCUCGUUAGUGAAAACAGUGAAGUGACGCACAACAUGAAUCAGAACGGCUCUGGCGAAAAUGGCAGGGGCAGUUACUACAGGUCACGUUCUCGGUCGCCAGUAGACUAUGACAGGGACCGCGAUUCAAGCCGCAACCGACGAAGGUCGGACUCUCGGCCUGACAGGCAGAGGUCUCGUGCACCUUCUGACCGGCGUGUGUACGUUGCCAACGUGCCUUUUGAUUGCAAAUGGACUGACAUCAAGGACCUGUUUCGGGAUAAAGUUGGUGAUGUCUCCUACGUCGAGCUGUUUGAAGAUGAGACUGGCAAGUUCCGGGGAUGUGGGAUUGUGGAACUCAAGGACAAAGCGUCGGUGCCAAAGGCAAUUGAAGUGCUUCACAGAUACGAGAUGAAGGGCCGAUUUCUCGUGGUCAAGGAGGAUUUUGACGUUGAACGUGACCGCUUCGGUCGCCCGAUUCCGCGGGGACGAUCUGGUGGUGAUCGCAUGAUGGAUGACCGCGGACGUGAUGACCGUGACGGAUAUGGCCGCGGAGGUGGUGGCGGUGGCGGCGUAGGUUUCAACACUUACGGACUGAGCCCCCAAUUCCUCGACUCUCUCGGAAUUGUGGGACCCCUCUCAAACAGAGUGUUUGUGGCCAAUCUUGAUUACAAGGUGACUGCGAAAAAGCUUCAGGAGGUGUUCAGGAUUGCAGGCCGUGUUUCAAACGUAGACCUCAGGACUGAUAAGGAAGGGAACAGCAAGGGCCACGGAAUUGUUGAGUUUGAACACCCCAUUGAAGCUGUCCAAGCAAUCUCUAUGUUGAACGGUCAGAAGUUGUACAACCGGGCAAUGAGUGUCCGCAUGGACAAAUACAAUGAAGAUCUUGAUGGAGGACUCCCAUCAAAACUUCCCACUGGGCUUCAGGGAAUAGGAAAGGGCCUUGGCGCUGGUGGGAACCCUCUUCAGAUGACUGCUGCCCAGAUGGCCCAGAUGAACAUGACUGGCCCAGUGGGCGGCAUGCCCAUGGGCGGUGGUGUGAACCCUGUGGCAGCGGCUAACAUGGGGCUUGGCGGCCUGGGAGGUAUGGGAGGCAUGGGCCUGGGUGCUGGAGGCCUUGGCGCUGCAGGAACUGGAGGCCUGGCUGCAGCAGGGCUGGGUGGCAUGGGUUCAGCUGGAGGUUUGGGUGGGCUAUCGGACCGCUCUAUGUUGGGCUCUGGCAACCUUAUGGGAGGCGCCAUGGCUUCACCCACAGGGCUGAUGGGUGGCCUGUCCGGGGGCUUGGGCGGCGGAUCCUCGGCCUUGGGUGCUGGCAACGGUGGCGGUCUCGACUACGAUCGCCAUCUUGGUGGGGGUGAUGGCUACCGAAGCCCCCGCUCUUCAGAUGCCAUCAUGGUGCAAAAUCUUCCCAUGGGCUACAGCUGGCAGAACCUGCGUGAUCGCUUCCGGGAAGCUGGGAGCGUGCGGUACACCGACAUGAAGGGACGUGGUACCGCAAUUGUGCGCUUCAACUCCGAGCGGGACGCUCAGCGGGCUGUUGACAUGAUGAAUGGCAUCCGCCUCGAGAAUCGUCAGAUCGAUGUGCGCCUCUACUGAGCGUCGUGGGUCGUCGUGGGUCGUCGUGUCCUUUGUCAUCGUCAAUCCUUCUGGUCUCCCUUUUCUCUUUUCCACGGGCUCCUCUCUUCUUCUUUUUUUUUCCAUGUCCUCACUGUCAGCGUUUGUCUUCAUCCAGUGUACCUCCGUCAUCCGAAGAGAGAGAAAAAAGAAAGCCUCCGCAACAUUACUCAUGGAUAGUUCCAUUUCCUCCGUUCCACAGCUGUCCAUCCAGGCAAGGUGGCUGCUGGCUCCAAUUAUUACCUGAAGCUGCUGGCCACAUGUGCAUUGCAUGGAGGGGGAAUGGUCACUUCCUCAUUUUUUAGUACUGUUUCUCUUGCUUGUAUAGUCCAAAAACAUCAUUUUCAGCACAGGAUGUGUAAAGAUACUGGUUUUAGAUAUGGUCAUUUUUUUCUGAGCAUUCUCACCUCGCUAGGAUUUAUUUUUCUGGCAUUGUGCUUGUUUAAGUUUGUUUUCUCUUUGCCGAUGGUCGCGGGCUCUGUUAUUUCAGACGCCGUACCAAGACAGCCACCAAUUUGUGCAUUAGGGGUAUAAAUUUCACAAAAUUUGUGAUGCAGCACUACAUCUUUCAUUUGAAUCAUCCAUGAUGCAACUUUUUUUUUAUCCGAUGGGCAGAUAACAAGUGGACAGUGGGCAUUGUUAGGUUUUUUUUUUUCUUUUACCGACAUUCGGUUUCAAAUCAUUAUGAAUUGAUGUUGCCCUAACGAGCGUGUGGUGGCGCAAUGCUUUUAUCCUUGUUCGUCAUUCUUUUUCUUCCUUGUUCAGCAUCCGAGCAAUGGCAUUCAUGGGUGCACCUUCAUAUGUAAUUUUGCACAUGCACCAGGCUGCAACUUCAGUCGGGAAAAGCCUUCACUUCAUGCCACAAUCGAGUAGUCGCAUAUAGCAAGUUGCCAUUUUUUCUUGAUGUGGGCUGCAGUGUGGGCUCUACAAGCUAUAACGAGGCAUGUGGUCACACUUGCCACAAAACCAUCCUUGUUGCUUCUAGAAUAAAGCUUCCUUUGUCUCCGUGUACUACUA